GUGGGACUCCAAGUCCCACGUGAGAUGCACAGUUCCAAAACCCAAUCAGAAAUCUUCCCUGCUCCGGUAUUCAUUCCUCCAAACAGGGAUGUCGAUAUACUCGAGCUUCCCGUCGAUUUCGCAAUGUUUUCUUCUUCUUCGUUUUUUUUUUUUUUUUUCGUUUUGUUUUGUUUUGUUUUGUUUUGUUUUUUUUUUUUUUGUAGAAAUUCCUUUUAAGUUUAUUAGCUGUUGAAUUCCAAACGAAGAUGGGUAAGAUUGGUGGAGUUCAAACUCUUUUGAAUUGCCCCAAUUUAUUCUCUUUUGCUCCUAUAUUGCAGAGGUUUUUUCUUUUCUUCUAUGCAGGUCACGAGAGCCUUUGUUUUUUUUGCUGCCUUGUUCUUUUGCUCGUGUGCUUCCUUUGUGGAUCUAAAACUCAAAACGAAGAGGAGGGGAGAGAUCAAGCAGGCGUCACUAGCAACAGUAUCUCUUCGAUUUGGUUGUUGCUGUGUCCUUUAGCAUCGAGGUCGUUGAAAACAAGCGUUGAUUCAUGGCUCCAAAGCAUGGAUUACUUAGACUUGAUUGGAACUUCACGGGAUGGUCUAGGCCACCCCGAAGAAAUUCAAGGGAAUGACGGCAGUGGCGAAGAGUGGAACUCUUGUGUACUUUUGUUCUCUUCAGAUUUAGGCAGAAAGAAAACAUGUGGCUGCCUUUUUUUUGGACUGCUUUGUGUUGUUGUUGCAGGUAUGGAAGAGUAGUCGGGCUACCAUUUAAGAAACCCUUCUUGAACAGAAACCUUUUAUGGUGGCUUGUUGGCAAUUAUCUUGUAUAAACUGAAGAUUACAGGUUCCUAGGUAGUUGAUUAUGCCCCAUUUUUCAGUUUUGUCUGCAACACAACAUUAAACAAGAGAGAUAAAUAAAUUAACAGAACUUGUUUCAUACCUGGUGAUGAAUGUUCUUCUUUGGAUCUUGAUUCGAAAGCACGAAUGGUUGAACUCCUUGUUCACUUUUCCGGCAGCACUUCGUUGCUUUUGGUAUUUUCUCUCAAAGUUUCUCUAUUUUUCUGCAGAGUAUCCCCUCUCUUUCUGUUUUUUUUUUCUUCUCUUGCUGCAGCUGAUGCCUGUUUAUAGGCAUCCUAGGAAGGCUCUAGAGUUUGUUACGUGGGGGAAGAUGGAGGCCAUGACCUCUUGCCACUUUCUCUUAACCUCUCCCGCUAACUGUGCAGUUUUUCCACGCCUUGCAGAAAAAUAGGAGACCCUGUUGCAUGUUACUUCCCCCUUUUGUAGGAAGAAAUACAUAUUUUCUUUUCUUUUUCUUUUUAUUUUAUUUAUGGAUGUUGAUCUGUAUGUAAAGUCCAUCCUAAUUUUUUUGAGCUGAAUUAUAUCUUUUGUUUUGUCUUGGAGUUUGACCCAAUUUGUAUGGACUCUAUCUUUUCUUUAUAUGUUAUAUAUUUUUGUUGUUCAACAC